CCCUUUUUAAAGGUGCGCCAUUCACCGGAUGUUGAUUAUCGCACACGUUUUAGUCGAUGGUGGACAUGAUUCCUAUCUAUCAGGCAAUUCUCGAAUGAAGUUAAAGAACAAGUUGUUAAAAUUAAGCAAAUAUCAAUAUGUCGGCAUCGAUAAUAAGAAGAGGCCUUGACCUGCUAAGCAACGACAUUAAAGAUGUCGGUAAAGGAAAAUCAAGCAAAGUAAAAAAACGACAGACUCCUAGCAAAGCCAAUGUGAUGAACAUGGUGAGCACUAACCGGAGAGGCGUCACUAAGCAGGUUAAACGUCUGCAGGGACGCCUGGGUCCCGGUAAGAGCAAAACCACCGUCAAAGACAAGAGGAUCAAGAACGCUGUUGAGGAGUUCAGGAAGACGCAGGGGAAGAGCCACCUGACAGACAACCUUGCCUACUUCCUGGGGAGUGGCUACAUAGCCACCGACGCGGUCACCAAGAAAAUCAUGAGCCAGCACACUGGCAGGCAGGCGAGGAACCGUCCGGACGCGCCUGUCAGGAAGGCGUCCGAGACCACCUCUGUCUUCAGCGAGGAGGAGUUCCAGAAGUUCCAGAAGGAGUACUUUGGUCGGACCGUGGAGUAGAAGAGACAGUCUUUUCUUUCUUUUUUGCUUUGUUAUUGUUACAAUUCUACGCAAUUCUAUUCAUGAGCAACGAUGAAUAUCAGUUGAAAUAAAUAAAGCUUUUUAAUGUUUUUUUCCA